CCUGCCCGUCCGCCUGCGCGCCGUGCGGGGCGGCCGUGCGCGGAGCGGGGCGCGGAGCAUGGCGCGGGCUGCGGCCGGGCUGCGGCUGCCGGGGCUGCGGCUGCCGGGGCUGCGGCUGCUGCUGCUGCUGCUGGGCGGCCUCCUGCUGCGGGGCGGCGGGGCGGCGGCGGCCGUGCCGUGCCAGGCGCCGCGGCAGUGGGAAGGACGCACCGUCACCUACGAGCACGGCACGGGCCGCAACACGCGGGCCGCCGUCUCCUACGACGGCCCCAACCAGCGCCUCCGCAUCCUGGAGGAGAGGAAGGCCCUCAUCCCCUGCAAGAAAUUUUUUGAGUAUAUAUUGCUCUACAAAGAUGCAGUGAUGUUUCAGAUUGAACAAGUUACAAAGCUUUGCUCAAAGAUUGCUCUGACAGAGCCGUGGGAUCCAUAUGAUAUUCCUGCCAAUUCAACCUAUGAAGAUCAGUACUACAUUGGGGGACCUGGAGACAAAAUUAUGGUACAGGAAUGGUCUGACAGAAAACCAGCCAGGAAAUUGGAAUCCUGGGUCGGCGUUUACACCGUCAAAGACUGUUACCCAGUACAGGAAACAUACACGAAGAACUACAGCGUCACAACCUCCACUCGCUUUUUUGAUCUGCAGCUGGGUAUUGCUGACCCCUCAGUGUUCAUCCCACCCAGCACCUGCCAGACAGCCCAGCUGAGGAGGAUGAAAGAUGGAUGCUGAUUAUGGAUGCUGCCUGCCUAGGCAAACAAGUAUUAACCAAGAGGAUGGUUAGUAACAGUCAGCUGCUGACUCCUGCUUAUUGUUGCUCUCUUGGGAACUUCCAAGUUUUCACUUGAAACAGAACAUAAACAUUUAACAUGUAACACACACCAAAAAAAUCUCUUGUCUGUUCAGUGAUGCACCUGCAGUAUUACAUGGUUACCACUAAGAAAUGUUUAUAAAUGCUAUUUAUUUAUUCAAAGGGUUAAUGAUUUAUUUAUUCAAGAAGACAAACAAUAAGCAGACUGCAAUAAUGGUAACAUCAAGAAGGAAGAGCUAGAUUUUGUUGUUACUUCUGAGAAAUUGAGGAAAAGAGAAGUAUGUCCUAGGUAGGACCGCAUCUCUAAAUGAAAAAUACCACGUUUUAAACAAUGUAUAUCAAAAAGUAUGGAAAAUCCUUCUCCUGGCUUUGUUUUGCUCUGUGUUUUUUUUUCUUUCUGCUCUUCAGGAAUCUUUUAGUCUAAUGUUUCGGCUGAUUUUUUCUUUCUGAAAAGCAACUGGACUAGCUCUAUUCAUGUAAUGCCAGCUGACAUGCAAAGAAUACUUUUCUGUUUCUUGGGAGAAUGGUAGAGAAGGAGGGAGAGGUGCACCCCCCAAAAAGCAAGCCAAGGUUUUCUUGCAUUUACUGCACUUCCAGUGAAGUGUUCCAGUAGGGUGCAAUGAGACAUUUUCCAGGCAUAUUUUACUUUAGCAUCCACUUUUCAAGGCAGUACUAGUUGUAACCUAUCCAAAGAAAUGAAGAGGUACUGCAUUCUAAAUGGCUUUAAUAUUUUGUAAAAAUGUUUCCUUACUCAAAGACUAUGAAAACACUUUUAUAAUUCCAGGUAAAAGUGACAAAAAGCUGUUCUUAGUGCAUAUUUAGUAAAGGCUAAAUUGGUGUUUACGCAGUGCCUGGAGAUCUGGACAGAGUGAAAGACAGAGUUGUGUGACCAGUGUGGGGAGGUGGGAGGAGGAGUGAGAGGGAGAGGUGUUAGACGUCUUCUGUCUGGUGUGACUGCAAGGCCCUGCAAACUAAGCAGAAGUGACAAUCCUUCUUGCUUUUGCACCCACUCCGUCGGUGCCUGCCGUAUUCGCUGUUCAGCCAGCAUUCCAAACCAUAUCAUCACCAUGUCCUUUUGUGGCAUGCAGAGUGAAAGUUUCCUUAAGGGAAAUAAAUAACUAACCAAAACAAGCACAGGAAAUGCACAUAUUUUGCUGUAGAAACUUCAAACCUUCAUGCAUGUUCAGGCCCUCAGACAUGUGGCACAGUGAUGAAUUUUUCACUUUUACCAAAUGAAAUUAAUUGGCUGAUUCUGUAAUUCUAGGCAUGCAUUUUAUUUAUUAUUUGCAAAUAGAUUUAAGGCCAGAUUCUGUCCUCUUAAACAGGUAGUGUAGUUGUUUGCUUCAGAAGCAAUCUGGCUGAAAACAAUGCACAAGUGGGAAGUUUGGUGUCUCUGAGGGAGAGAUGGUGGGCAGUCUUUUAGUGCUUUAUAUGCUCAGAGCUUUCUGUAUGUAAGCAAGUGGAAUGGUGGUUGUUUUGCUUUCACAGUUGUGGUCAGAAUGGCAUUUUACUUGGCCUUGUGCCUGAUCAAAGCAUAGACAUAUACCUGCUAAAAUGUAGGGAGUUCAUUAAAAAUGUUCUCUUGGAUAUGAGUAUUUCACUGAAACAUGCUGCUGGAAAGAAGGAUUGGGUUUCCUUGAAUUGAGAAUCCAUUUAGUCUGUACUCACCUUCUGAAUCUUAUGUGCUAACUGCAUAUUGUUCUCAUGAGGACAGUGAUUAUCAAGCAUUGCUUAGUAUCUGUGUCUUGUUAGAAUCUGGAAAAUAGAAUAAAACUGGCUAGCAAACAUGAAGCUGUGGUAGUGUAUCGUUUGGGAUUACUUUGUUGUGGUGGAACAGAUAGCUGAGUAAUCAGGGUCUCUGAAUUAUGUUUUGCUGACAGUGAUAUGAUUUCUAGCAAUAACAUUAAAUGUUCCUUUAAAUAUGAAUUUGCAAUAGUCCAGUACACAGAAGUGCUUUAAAAAUGUUGCCGUGACAUAGAGGGCAAUUUUAUAUGGCUAAAUAUGUACCUCUAAAACAAUGCUGUUGUCUUCAUAUUUAUGCUCUGCAAAUUCAAUAAAAAGACUUGUCAAAGAAA